AUGCACUCAGAAGAGAAAAAACAACCGUCGUCAUUCUCCGUCAACCACAUCCUUCAAGCUGCUGAGAACACAAUGUCUAGUGAAAGACCACGAGAGACAGAGGUCGCAAGCACGGACGAUUCCAGUGAAGAUACCAAUGUCAAGAUCUCUCUGGAAGAGAAUGACCUGUGGCGGCGAUUCAAGUCGCUGACAAACGAGAUGAUAGUCACUAAAAAUGGAAGGCGGAUGUUUCCCGUUCUUAAAAUAAACGUCACUGGACUGGAGCCCAAAGCUAUGUACUCCUUCCUGCUCGAUUUCGUGUCCGUCGAGGGUCAUCGUUGGAAAUAUGUGAACGGAGAAUGGGUCUCGGGUGGAAAACCCGAGCCCCCGACACCAAGUUGCGUUUAUAUUCACCCUGAUUCACCAAACUUUGGCGCACAUUGGAUGAAACAACCUGUGGUCUUUUCCAAAGUAAAACUGACCAACAAACAAAAUGGCAAUGGGCAGAUCAUGUUGAAUUCCUUACACAAGUACGAGCCGAGAAUUCACAUUAUUCGUGUUGGUGCUCCAGAAAGCAACAGGACAGUGGUUUCGCACUCAUUUCCAGAGACGCAGUUUAUUGCCGUGACGGCUUAUCAAAACGAGGAGAUCACUAGUCUAAAGAUAAAAUACAAUCCGUUCGCUAAAGCCUUUCUGGACGCAAAAGAGCGACAAGAACAGAAAGAGGCGUUGGAGCAAGCUGUAGAGUCGCAUUCGGCGUAUUCGCAAUACGGCUGGUUUUGUGCUGGUCCUGCACCCGUAUACCAACACCACCAUCACUCGAGGCCUUACGCACACAUUCCUUCCUCGCCAUAUGAGCGCUUAGGAAUAAGAGGGCAUCGCCCCUCUCCGUAUCCUAAUCCCUACCACAAGAGAACAGAUCUACCCACCCAAGUAACUCAUGCACCGCAGUACUUUCCAACAGAGUCUAAUCAAUUACUUCUUCCUGGCCCAACGGCGCUCGAAAACAUUUCCAUGCCUUCUGUGUCCCUCGCACACUCGCAUCACACUCCAGCAGGCCCGCACCAGCUUCAUCCCGGCUUAAGCCCGUUCAUGAGCAAUUCGUCUUACAACACGACUUCGAGAGGGAGUCUCGAUAUGGACUUGACUCACAAGGAAAAUGAUCGAUCAAAGUGCAUUCAGGCGCCAGGGAUUUCACUUCAUCCAUCAUGGAACACACUUGGACAAGCUUAA